AUGUUUCCGAGUAGUUCGUCGGAUUCCAACGGUGUAUCCACCGGAUCUGAUGUUUCUACGCGAUGGAAGGGGAUAUUUGUAUCCUCCCUGAGAAAAGUGCUACAUCAGGUACAUCAGUCGCUCUCUGCUAACGAAGAUGCGUUGCAUCACGUGGAAGGUCUGAUCUUGAAGUUGCUGGAUAUCCUUUGCGCCAAACCAUCUCCUCCUCAUUCGAUUGCGGAUGUGGAGGAACGUGUGCAAAAAAGUUUUCCUAAUCCCAUCGACAGGCAAGACGCAAUUGAUCGUGGUAAGAAGAAGUCGUCUAUUGUGUUUCCCGUGGAUAAGAUCCACACGCUGCUCCAGAAGGAAGUAUUGCAGUAUAAAAUUGACUACAACGUUAGUGUUUACAUCGCCGCUGUGCUCGAAUACAUUGCCGCUGAUAUUUUGAAGCUGGCGGGGAAAUAUGUGAAGAACAUCCGGCAUACUGAAAUUACCUGUGAAGACAUUACUGUUGCUAUGUGUGCAGACAAAGUGUUGAUGGACCUUUUUGAUCAAGAUGGAGCUGUUGGAGGUACAAUGAAUAUCCCGGAAGAGCGUACGCUUGAUCUGGCGUCGACUUAUGAUGAAGUUGUGAAAGAUCUAAUUGCACGAGAAAAGCAGUACCGUCGCGAGUUGCACAUGAUCAUCAAAGUUUUCCGUCAAAUAAUUUCUGUACAUCCAUCCAAGAGUGACUUGGACCUGAUAUUCAGUAACAUUCUCGACAUCGAAGAAGUUACUCUGAAUUUUCUCAGCUCAUUGGAAGAUUCAGCGGAAAUGAACGAGGAGAAUAACUUCUUGGCGGUCGGUUCAUGCUUUCUGGAAUUCGCGGAAGUAGAGGAAUUUGCGGUGUAUGAGAAAUACGCGAAAGGAGUUUUGAGCUCUGAGGCUCGAGACAAAUUGAAUGAAUUAUUAUCUGACGGCGUAUUCUCCCGUGCGCUGAGAUCUGCCGGGCAUGGUUUUAAAGAAGCCGUGAAGUACGUUCUUCCGAAGUUGCUGCUUUCUCCAAUAUAUCACUGUCUAGAGUACCUCGAUUAUAUUCGAACUUUGCAUCGUGUGAGCGAUUCUGAAGAUGAUAGGGAAAGUCUGGAUGAGGCUGGCAGCCUUCUUAAACCUUUGGAAAUUGAAUUGGAGCGAGUGAUCGGUAUGAAUGACUUGCCGCCAAGGGGUGUGAAGAAGUUCGGCGAUGCCGUACUAUACUACAGUCACCGGAGAACUAGUCGCCAAGACACGUUGAAGAAGUUGUCAGAUCUUCAGAAGGCUAUCGAUGGCUGGGAAAGCAAAGACGCGGGGCAAAGUUGCAAUGAAUUCAUCUUGGAGGGCGUUCUCAAAAAACUUGGAACAAGAAAACAAGUAACGGAGCGGUAUGUCAUUCUGUUUGAUGGACUCAUGAUAUUGUGCAAACAGAAUUUUAAGAGAACAUCAGUGACUGGAAGUUCCGCCGAGUACCGUUUGAAAGAAAAAUUCUACCUUCGGAAGGUCGAAAUAAUUGAUCGAGAAGACACGGAGGAGUUGAGGCAUGUCUUUGAAAUUGCCCCACGUUUUCAACCGCCUACAAUCCUCAUUGCUGGUUCGGAGAAGGAAAAAAGUUGUUGGAUGGCGGCUUUGAUCAGACUAAAUACGAGAAGUAUGCUAGAAAGGAUUCUUGACACACUGUUGCUCGAUGAAGAAAAGCAGCACCCAUUGACUCUCCCACCUGUGGAUAAGUACCGUUUCGCCGAAGAGGAUUCUGCGAAAAAUAUCAUCGAGACGACGAAUGGAAAGAGUGGAGUGCCAAUUAUCAAGGGAGCAACGCUGUCGAAGCUUGUUGAGCGAUUAACGUAUCAUUUGUACGCUGAUCCUAAUUUCGCCAAGGUCUUUCUGACUACCUAUCGCUCGUUCUGUACGCCGCAUCAACUCCUGGACUUUCUCGUCGAGCGUUUUGAUAUUCCGGAGUAUCCGUUCACAUCCAGCUCUGAUGCUACCCCCGGGUUGGCAAAUGAACUCAGUGGCAUUGAUCGGGAAAAGGCCAAACGGUUCCGAAACGAGUAUAUGAAGCCGGUACAGUUCAGAGUAUUGAAUGUGAUACGUCAAUGGGUGGACAGGCAUUUUUAUGAUUUUCGACGUGAUGAAACUCUUCUCGUGAAGUUGCAUGCGUUUCUUGAUCGGAUUCGUGGGAAAUCAAUGCGAAAAUGGCUUGACUCAAUUCAUAAAAUCAUUAACCGUCGUUUGGAGCCCGUGGAAGAACAGCGAGAGAUCACCUACGCCCAGGACAAGGUUAAACCAGCUAUUGAGCAUCAUUUGCCGUGUUCCGAUGAAGACUAUCAAUCCAUGACUCUCGUUCUACUUCAAUUACAUCCCAUUGAACUGGCUCGCCAAAUCACGCUUCUGGAAUUUGAACUGUAUCGGGCAGUUCAACCGUCGGAACUCGUUGGAUCUCUGUGGACGAAGAAGGAUAAGCAUGUAACAUCUCCCAAUCUAUUGAAAAUGAUACAUCACACCGACAAUGUUACCCGAUGGAUGCAGAAAUGCAUCGUGGAAACAGAAAAUAUGGAAGAGCGAGUUGCCGUUGUUUGCCGUAUUUUGGAAAUCAUGAUCGUGCUUCAGGAGUUGAACAAUUUCAAUGGCGUACUCGAAGUUAUCUCUGCCAUUGACUCAGCAUCUGUGCACAGGCUUCAGUUCACGUUUCAGAAUGUUCCGCUGAAUCGUCUAAGGGCGCUGGAUGAAGCGCGAGAUCUCAGUAGAGAUCAUUUAAGAAAAUACGUUGAAAAGCUACGAUCUGUGAAUCCUCCCUGCGUACCUUUCUUCGGAAUGUACUUGACGAAUAUCCUGUAUAUUGAGGGUGGGAAUCCAGAUAUGCUGGUCAGUGAUGGUGCGGAAAUCAUAAACUUCAGCAAACGAAGGAAAGUAGCGGAGAUCACUGGUGAGAUUCAGCAGUUCCAGAACCAGCCGUAUUGUCUGUCCGUGGAAUCGAGAAUCCGGAACUUCCUGGUGAACUUGAAACCUUUCGGAGACAAAAAUGAUCGGGAAAUAUCCGACUUGCUCUACAACAAAUCGCUGGAAAUAGAACCCAGAAGCGUCGACAAACCACCGAAAUACGUUCGUCGUUGGCCGACGUUACCACUGAAAAGCCCGGGAAUAAAACCGCGGCAUUGCACGAAGAAUGCCCCGUAUCCAUUAUCGUUAGGAGAUCGGAUAUUUUCUUCUUCUCGCUCGCUCAUUGGCGGCGAUUCUGUGGACGAGGUAGAGACGCACACUGCCCAUUCCCCGUUGACGCCGCCAUCGCCGAGUUCGUCUACACCGUCGACACCAACUCCCGAUUCCGCCGUCUUUGCCAUGGUCCAGAUUGGUGGCAACGUUGGUCAGAUCGGUUGUGGCCCACCACCUCCGUUGCCUCCGAGGUCAGCGCGGAAGCAGCGAGAUGUAGAGCGUCGUGAUGGCUCGCCACCGCCUUUGCCACCGCGCCGGAUUUCCGCUCCGUUGGAUAGUAACAAACCGAACUGCUCAAUGCGGUCGAAUACAACCCCCGUUUACAACGGCAUGCCGCCUACCCCGACAUCAGGAAUUACGAAGGCUCCGAUGCCGCUUCCAGACCACCAUAAUCCGCCCGAAGCUUUUGUCUACCCACCACUCCCGACCCACCGAAGUCACUACCCCAGCGGUGCCGUAGGGCCAGAGCUUCCUCCGAAGACGUACCGCCAGUCCCACAAGGCAGACGCUCCUCACGGAGGUGGCCUUCACAGCCCAAGCUACCACGGCGCCAAGCGUUAGGUGCUAAACAAGCCGCCGUUUCGUGUGUUCAGGGACUUACCUGAGGGUGAAACCCGUGACUGUGGGUCAGCGAUCAUCGAUGUAUUUCUUUCCGUGGUAAACCCGGUUUAUUUGCUGUUCCUUGAAUGGCACGGGAAACUCUAGUGAGUUUCACGAGUCCAAUCUGCAGCAUCUCUGCUCUGCGAGCGGAUAUGCACUGCGCCACUUGAUUGAUACAUUAUUGUUCGUCUUCGCUAUUCAUGGAAAAUGAACGUAUCCGCCAUCAAGAUUUAAAUGGAAGUUUCUUGCCACCCGCUUGGGUCGGGAAAUGAUGAUUGUGUUCGGGGAUUAAUACGUCGACAAUUAUGAAUGGAAAAUAUUGCAAUUAUUGAAUUGUGUCGAAAUCGAUUGCUCAUGUUUUUAUUGCUCUCUGAGUCCGUUAUACUGCAUCGGGCACAUGAAUGUUGAGCAAAGUGGAUGAGAAUAGAGAACGGAGGAGUUGUGGCUUGAAGUCUUGCUGGCAGAGCGGACAUAUUUGACCGGACUUAAUGGAAGAGUUUUUGUUUCCCGCGAAAGGAACAAGUGAGUUGCGAAGUUAUUGAAAGCUUCGACGUCCCUUCGUUGUCGGUUGCCCGAGAAGUGUUCAUUUCGAAAGGAGUUCGAUGACUUACGCAGCAGUAAACUUUCAGACCGAAGUCGUCGUAUGAAAUGGUUUAAAUCGAUUCACUCCCAUUAUGAUGAGUGGCCGCAAUCUCGACGUCUUGAUAGCUUUGCUCGAAAUUAACCGGUGCAUUCGGCUCAAAGCUGUUAAGUCAGCCUUCGAGACGAGCUUGCACAAGUUGACUCAGUCCUUUUCUUCGGGAAAUGCCAUCUGCAUAUCUACCGUUCCCGUAAUUUUACUGAGGCUACUUGAAUAUCUUUCAUUCCACUUCAACUUCCUCGGUGGCAUUCCUACAAAAUGAUUGAUGAAAGAAAACUUACUUGAGGUACGAAUGUCGAAGUAUAUGGAUGAGACCUCUUCUUCCAUUCGAUUGCUCUUGGAUUAUGAAUUCUGUGUGCCAUGUUCGUGUUCCAAUUUUUUCUACUUUUUUUUUUGUUCUUGAAACGCAACUUUUCGCGGGAUAUUAGUGUGGCGGGGUAUAUAUUCGCCGAUCCAUCCCUAGAAUUGAUAUGAAAUUUUCCAACCCUUAUGUGUUGAACUAAUCCGAAAUUCCUCAAGUUCCGUGUAUGUCUUGAAAUAAUGGGGUUUGGUGUUCGCGAUGAAAAUUGUUCAUUCUUCUUGACUGUCGUGUGACACUUCAUACAUAUGUCAGUUCGGUUGUAAGUGCUGUCCAACAAAAUUUUUGGUGUCUUCUUAAUAAUCUCCAGUCUCAUGGCAAAUAUCAAGUUUUCCGUUUGCUUUGGUGCAACAUCUGGGAUUUUAAAGCUGCUAUGGAAAAAUUGGAGGUGGGAAAAGCAAGGAAGGAAAGCGAAACAAAAAAAGAUUUCUACUUGUGCAAGUAUAUGUGAUGUCAGUCGGUGAUGAUAUUCUUUGACGUAUUCGUCUUGAUCAUGGAGAGAGCGAUUGAUCCUUCCUUUUUCGAGCGUGAGCGUGUCAAUCCUGUCGGGACGGCGUGUUCUUUUUCGCGGUUUUUUUUUUCGGAAAAAUGUUGCGGGUAUAAUGGGGUUCUGCGGUAUUCGGGUGAGAGACUAAUUCAGGCUUUGAAUUUUCCCCGUUUUCCUAUGAUAAUGCGCUACUCUGUGCCAUUCUGUUGUUCGGUCGAUGUUUCUUCCCCGUUCGAAGUUCUCAAACGACUAGCAUUUUUACAUUUUCAGGGUAUUUUUGGUACGCCGUGAUGGUUUGGAAUUGAUUUUUAUCUUGGCCCAUUGUCAUGCAUACGUUCUUAUAUCUCGGUUCGCUUGCCGCCACGCUCUCCUUAAUUUGUUUUGUGUUGUACAGUUGAGAUCGCACUGUGUAUAUUUUGGUAUUGGAAUUUUUCGUUCUUUCGAUUCUCCAACCCUUGCGCAAAUGCCGACUUCAAUUCUCGUUUCUUUCUUGGGUGGAAAUCGCGUUUACGUUCUGUUUUACGGUGACUGUGAGUAUAUGGAGAUUUAUAUGAACGUACGAAGGAGCAAAUUGUGCUAAUAGGAAUAAAAGGCGGAUAUGUGAACAUUUGUAUCAGGUUGACUUGGUACAUGAUGGCUUCCUUUCGUUUGCCAGUUGUUAGUUAUGAAAAAUUAAAUUCUGAAUUUGUUCGAUUUCAUUAUCGUAAACAUUUCCUCCAAAAUUUACAGAAGACUUAAAUUUCAUUGAGGAUUCCGUUCAGUUCUCAUAAUUACAGUACUUACUUUGAAUCGUUCGUUACCAGUCCAUUAGUUGAGUUCCGAUUACGAUAUUUGUUACAUCAAGGGCCCCAAUUAAGAUCAGCAAUCGUGCUAUAAUCUUGACAUCCUGCCAAUUCUAUAUUGAUCUUUUUUGGCGCUGUUUUUUGUCCAUUUUUAUCUACGUGUAACACAUAUUCCAUUUUAUAAUGCAUCGAACCACAGCAAUGAUCAGAAGUAGCCCACUCAAUUGAUAGUGUUUUGCGUCAUAUCCUGCACAAUCAAUCCGCCACAGUCGAAAAAUUCAAAUGCAUUAUUGUACUUGGAUUUCCCGUUCGUGUUUUUUUUCGUGAAGCUUCAAUUUUCUUCGGGGGUUUUUAUGUGAUGUUGUCUUACGUGGCAGACAUGCAUUCUUUCACUCUGCCGUUUUCA